UUUUCAAUGGGACAGAGGCUGGAGCUCAGCACAGACUCGCACUCAGUUUUUCAGAUCUCAGCGUGAUGGCGAAGAGCUCUGACGUGGACGAGCUGCUGGCGGCCUUCAGGAGGUUCGCGGCGCACGGGGACCACAAAGCCGGGGCGUCCUCGGAGAUGCCGGGUCAGAAAUGGGCCAAACUCUGCAAAGACUGUAAGAUCAUCGACGGGAAACACGUGACCAGCACAGACACGGACAUCAUCUUCUCCAAACUUGUACCAAAGACGUCUCGUGGGAUGUCCUACGCAGACUUUAAGAAGGCCCUGGAGAUGUUGUGUCAGAAGAGGUUUCCAGACCAGAGCAAAGAGGAGGCGCUUCAGUCCGUCUACAAACUCAUCGAGGGGAAGGAGCCCGCCAACGCUGGGGUCACGAAAGUGGACAGAACUGGCGCAGUGGACCGUCUCACCGACACGUCCCGGUACACGGGGUCCCACAAGGAGCGUUUUGACGGGAGUGGGCGGGGCCGGGGGCGGGAGGGGCGCGAGUACCUGGUGGAGAACACGGGCUACGUCAGCUCCUACAGGCACCAGGGCACCUACGACAACAAGGUCAAAGGUCAAUCCAGCAAACCCGCCGGGACCCCAGACAGCAAGAUCAAGUAG